AAUUUACUUAAAGUUAUGGAAAAACUUGACAUAUUGGUCAAAAUUGAGAACUCGAGUUAUUAUAUAAUGCCAAGCAUGAUGCCGCCUUCCACGUUUGAUGCUGUAUGUGAAAAAAUUGGCAUUCUUACAAAUAAAUGCAAAAGGACUUCCUGGCUUUGUUUUAAAUUUGAAUUUCUUCCACCUUCUUUCUUUAACCAUCUAUCUGCCUGGUUUAUCAGAAAAUACAACCCUAGCAAAUUAGAUAGUGGUAUUGCAUUAUAUCGAGGAAUCUGUAUGUUUGACAUUGAGGCAUCUGGCGGUAAAAAGAUUAUGGUUACCAUGUCGUCUGAUACCAUUGCUCUCCAGGUCGUGUCGUUUUCCGAACAACAUGAGGGAUUGAGAAGCACGUGUAGCGAUAUCUUCAGUGGAGUAACACAACUAAUUACAAAUAUAAAAGAGAGAUAUAAGGUGAAAAUAUCGUUUAAACUCCAUUUCAAAUGCAGUGAUGGCUAUUAUUUUAAAGACACAUUUGAAUAUGAGAAAUUGACAAUUGAGAAGGAGUGUUUCUGUAUUCAGCAUAAGCAAAUGCAUCGAUCUGAGCAGAUAUAUUCGCCCUGGAUGAAUAAUGAGGGUAAAACGAUUCCUCACAGAGCGAAAAUAAGCACUAAGCAGGAAGACCAUAAUCCAAAAAAUGAACCAAACAAAGAAGAAGCUCAGGAUCAAGCAUCUGUCAAAACCAACCUUCCUGUUUCUGUCAAUUUGCGUCAACAGUUAAAUAUAAAAAAGUCUAAGAAUGAAAAUCCGACCAUAUUUAGCUGUAUCAAAAUAGACAAUACAUUAGUGUUUACCUACUACAGGAAUAACCGACUUAUUAUUUGUAAUUCAGACGGUACUGAUAUCCAUCACAUUCCUCUGUCCUAUCAACCAUGGUUUAUGACAGUGGUAAAUAUUAAUACUGUAGCAGUAUCCUGUAUACAUGACAGAACCAUACUGAUAAUAAAUAUAUCUACACGUUCUGUCACCAGUACAAUCAACACCAGUGGUAACUGCUACGGAAUAUCAUAUAAUGAUAAUAACCUGUACGUUGUUAUUGAUCUGAGUAUAAUACAUGUGAUUGACCUGACAGGUAAAGUAAUACGUACUAUACCUUUACCUUCAGACCGUAUCUGGGACAUUACAGUAGACAGAGACAGGUUGGUUUGUACAGACUUUACAUCAAUAUACUGCUGCUCGUUAGAUGGAGAACUACUUUGGAAGUUUAAAAUUGAUAAAUUUCAGGAUUUAGUUUAUGUGACAACAGAUAAUGAGAGGAAUGUCUAUGUGACUUAUUAUAACACCAACACUGUAGAAGUUAUAUCAGAUGAUGGUAAACAUCACAGAGAACUUCUUACUAAAUCAGAUGGAUUGGAUAGGCCGUGGGGAAUUUAUUUUGACAAAAAAGAAAAUAUUCUGCUUGUUUGUAAUUAUUAUAACGGAAAGGUUUUUCUUUUUGACGUGAAAAGGAAAUCAACAUAAAUAAACAUGAAUAAUUCUUUCAGACAAUGAGUUUAUUCGGACUCGGGUCUGUUUGUGCAUUUUGUCAUUCAAAAUAACUUCUCUUUAUUUUUAUUUUCUAUACUAUCAAUUACUGAUUGUCAUGAUCUGUACAGUUGUAUUCUGUAUUCAAAGUAAGGACAAUAUUAACAAUUUAUUAUGUUCAUGUUUUUUGUGAUUAACUCUUUUUAUUUUAAUGUGUGACAACAAAUCAACUUUAAAUUGAAAUUUAGAGAAAUGUUACAAAGACAUGUUGUUCUUUGAUUCACGUCAAUUUAGGGUUUGAUAGUUGGAGAAAAAAAUAUAAUUCAAGUUAUAUAUCAUCACAUCUUUCAAAACCACAUAUAAAUUGUUUAAGACAAUUAUUCGAAAUACAGACAUUCUCUUAACGGAUGUGUAGGUUGUAAAUAAAAUCUUUACAAAUUUAAAAUUGUAUUGUGUCGUUGGGAUGCUGUCUUUUUCCUUCAUUGCCAAUCCAUCUGCUUCUUUCACCCAGGUAGUCUUACAUGUACAUUUUAAAUACAAAUAAUUCAGAUAUAUACAUCGUUUAUUUGUUCUCAUCCUGAACAUGUAUAAUAUAUUUGCCACUGUACGAUACACAACCAACAGAUAAACCAAUUAAUUAUUUUAUUCAUACCAAACUAUAUCACAUUUUUUAAGUUUAUCAAUGUGUGUAUUUCUUAAUUUGAUGACAGUUUUGUUUUGGUUUAAAUUGAUGUUAAUCGAGUACAAAUAACAUAUGGUCUAACACCAUACAGACUGAUAUGACUGUGUUCCAAUAACUUUGUAUCCUACAUCAAGUUAAAUUUCCAUUGAAAACAAAAUAACGGAAAGAUUAUGAUUAAUUUUGAAAAUGUAACUUGGAUCAUCUAGGCUGUUGUAUUUGAAUAAUGUGGUUCGAAUAUUAUGUUUUCCGCAUUUUUAAAACAUUUGAACAUUCAAUUGUUCUAUAUAAUUCAAUAUGAAAAAUCAAAAAAAAUUUCCGAGUAAGAAACAAUGUACAUGCUCUUUAUCUUUUAUAUAUAAUUCACACUCUUAUGAGAAGGAUGUUAUCCAGAAAAAUGUUAUCAUUGAAAACAAAAUAACGGAAAGAUUAUGAUUAAUUUUGAAAAUGUAACUUGGAUCAUCUAGGCUGUUGUAUUUGAAUAAUGUGGUUCGAAUAUUAUGUUUUCCGCAUUUUUAAAACAUUUGAACAUUCAAUUGUUCUAUAUAAUUCAAUAUGAAAAAUCAAAAAAAAUUUCCGAGUAAGAAACAAUGUACAUGCUCUUUAUCUUUUAUAUAUAAUUCACACUCUUAUGAGAAGGAUGUUAUCCAGAAAAAUGUUAUCAGGCGUUUUCAUCUAGAUAAAAAAUUCUUACUUAAUCAAAUGUAUUGAAUUCGCCGUUUGGAAUUAAUUUUAUCAUGCAAGAAAAUAUUCUGCUUGUUUGUAAUAGAGAUAACGGAAAUCUUUUUUUUUUUUACGUGAUAAAGAAACUUGCAUAAAUGAACUUAAAUUAUUUCAUUCGAAUUCGGAUGUGUUUUUGCAUUGAGUCAUUCUAAAUGAAUUUUAUUUGUUUGUGUGCUAUCUACCAAAAACAAAUUCAAUUUAACCAAUUAUGAUUCAUUUUACAAAAUUACUACCUUGCUUUCUUAUAAGUUCUGUAUAAGAUAUUCCGUAUUCCGAUUUUAUUUAAGUAUAUUUUUAUGUGUUUGCGUUAUUUUAUGUACGACAACAAAACAAUUAUGUAUAUGAAAUUAAAGAGAAAUUUUGCUUAGACCCAAAAAUUGUUGAUCUUUCUUUACUUCUAUUUGACGGUUAGGUUGUGAUGGUUGGUGAAAACUUACAAUAUACUUCAGAGCAGCUUUUGAAAACCGACAAAAGUAGUUUUAUGUACGUACUAUUAACUUGACUCGUUUAGAACUUUUUUAUGUGUUGUAUGCUUCUUGUGAACAUAUAAUGUUUGCAUUUCAUCCCGUUGAGGUUUGAUUUUUGCAAUAAAGAUUAUUAGUUAGAUUGUAA